UGCACUGGCCUUUUUUUAAGCGGUUAGUGGACAUUAAUUUUACCCUCGGGAAAACAUUUGGCCAGGUGUGCUUUGCUUGUUUUGCAUUGCAAUUUGCAAGAGAUAAUGGGUUGCUCUUGCCUUUGUAAUUACAAGUUCCUCUCGUUCAUUGUUCCGAAUAACAACGGCUAGGCUUUGACUUGCAAGUUCCUCUGGUUCUUUGUUCCCAACAACGGGUAUUUGUUUGGAGUCCUGUAAACGUUUUUCCUUGCUCUGCAUCUUCUAAUAUCAUGUAAGUUUCUUUCCAUCUGUCUGCGUUCUCUUUACCUGUAUACUUUUUUUUUUUUUCCUGUAUACAAUUCUUUUCUUUUUGGUUUUGCAUGAAAGUUAAUCUUGUUUGCUUCUUAUUCAUUCAAGUACAUUGUGCUGUAUUUUACUUGCAUAAAAUCUGUUGAUUUUUCUCCCCUGUUUUAUUGGCAUGAAAAUUAUUUUUCUUUUGUCCUCGUUAGUUGAACUAUAGUAUAUAAGUUAAACUAUAGUAUAUUAGUAUCACUGAAAAUGGGUCGAAGGAGAAAAUAUGCUACGCUGGAGGAACUUUACAGUGAAAAAAAUCGUCGUCGUCGUGAACGAUAUGCUGCAGCUAAGAAACAAAAGGAGAAUGGUCCAUUUAAUACAACUUGCACUAUUGCUGUGAAAGCAUUGCGAAUGAUGGAUAAUUUAGCCGAGACGAGUACUUCCUCUAUGAAGCGUAUGCGUAUCGAUAAACAUAAUGAUGGCACUUCUUUUACGAAUACGAGCACAGAUGAUACAAUUGAGAAUCCUUUGUCCUCUUCACCUCUUAUGAAUAAAUAUGGUUCUCUUGGUUCCCCUACUAUUCAAAGCGAUGAAGCAUUGACUCCUGUUAAUAUCCAUGGAAAAAGCAUUGCUAAUGUUAACAGCAUUCCAAUAGUGCCAAAGGACAAUACAAGUGAUUGUAAUACAUUAUCGACUAAAAAGGCUGCUCCAUGGCCUAAGACUUCCAGUUCAAUCAAUAGUUCUUCAUCUAAGGAUAAUGAUGUGAAAGUCUCAUUCGAUGGUCAACGACGAAGAAUGUACGCAACACCUGAGGAAGCUCAAAGGGAACGGAAUCGUCGUCGUCGUGAAUGUUAUGCUGUAGCGAAGAAAACAAAGCAAAAAUCCUCAGUUGAUAAUAUUUUUACUUUUCCUUUGAUCACACCUGAACUACAAGAAGACAUUAGAACUAAUGCAAAUUUUGAAAACAACAAUCACGUGCCUUUCAAUGAUGAAUCAGUAUCUCAUGUCCGCAGUUGUUUCCAAGGACCUGAGCUUUCUGAAGGCAAUACAAAUGAUUCCAGGAUCGAAAAUACUAUUUCAAUGAUCAGAACUUAUGAUUCCACCAAAAAUUCUACAACCAGUGAACAUGAUCAAUUAAAGUUUCCUACACCAGAAAGUUUGCUUGGUCCAAAUUUUCGAGAUGCCUUGUCUUCAACAAGAAACAUACCAGGUAGACGUCGUUCUGCAAAGCAUGAUCCAUUGCAAAAUAUAGCUGUUGAACCUGAUGUUUUACCUUCAGUUCCAAAUUGUGAAUAUUGUGAUGCUAAGAGAUUUCACAAAGAACCACCUAGAUUUUGUUGUUCUUCUAGAGAAAUUCAAUUGCUUUCAACUGAAAUGCCUAGAGAAUUAAUGCUUUUAUAUCUUGAGGAUUCGGAUGAGGCUGCUGAAUUCUGACGGUGGAUUCAUAGUUAUAAUAAUAUGUUUGCUUUUACUUCA